AUGGAUCCGUGCUGGGAGUGGGACGAGUGCGACAUUGUUAGGGAUGGAGACAUUGGCUUGGUGCUCGUCAAGCAAGAAAGCGACGCCGCUUCCGCCGCCGCCACAGCCGCCGCUGCAUCCUCCGCACCCAGCGGCGGUGAGCAAGGCGAUGCCGCAGGUCGCGCGAUCAUCAUGGAAUGGACACCCGCAACGUUAGCGGCAGAAGCGGCACCAGGAGCAUCCGCGGGAGCAUCGGGAGUGGUGUUGCGGGAGGCGGCAUCCCCGCUGCAAGCGGGUGGGUUCCGCCGCCCGGCCCUGACUCCGCUCGUGGCGACGGCGGCGCCUCAUCGUCCCCCUUCCCCCCUCACCAGCGGCGGCUUCCGCGAGUUUUCCGCCACCUCUGCCGCUGGCUCGGCACCUAGCCAUUAUGGCGCUGCUUCAGGGGCCCCGAGUCCCUCUGGCUCGGCACCCAGCCCUGCAGGCUCGGCACCCAGUCCCAGAGGAACCCUCCCCCUCCACCUCACCACCCCUCAUCUCACCACCCCUCAUCUCACCACCCCUCAUCUCACCACCCCUCAUCUCACCACCCCUCAUCUCACCACCCCUCAUCUCACCACUCCUCAUCUCAUCACCCCUCAUCUCAUCACCCCUCAUCUCAUCACCCCUCAUCUCAUCACCCCUCAUCUCAUCACCCCUCAUCUCAUCACACCUCAUCUCACCACCCCUCAUCUCAUCACCCCUCAUCUCAUCACCACUCAUCUCAUCACCCCUCAUCGCAUCACCCCUCAUCUCAUCACCCCUCAUCUCAUCACCCCUCAUUUAGAUCCUUGCUUGAGGCUUCAUCUUCACUCCUUGCUUCUCCAUAUGCAAGGGCUGCUGAUCCCUGAAGGUGCAACACCUGAACUGAAUAUGGCUCAGGAAUUACCUCUGACUGGAACCGCCCCUGCGGGGGAUCCGGUGCAGGAGAUGGAGGCUCGUGUGACGGAUGGCUGUCGUGGUAACCAGGUUACAGUCAAAAGUGAGGGUGUGAUCGUGGGGGGUUCUGCAAUGGAUGCGGGAGCAGUGGGGACCGGUCGACUUCCAGUUGUUGGUGUGGGUAGUGGGGGUGGUGUGGGUAGUGGGGGUGGUGUGGGUAGUGGGGGUGGUGUGGGUAGUGGGGGUGGUGUGGGUAGUGGGCGUGGUGUGGGUAGUGGGGGUGGUGUGGGUAGUGGGCGUGGUGUGGGUAGUGGGGGUGGUGUGGGUAGUGGGCGUGGUGGUGGUCAAAUGGAGGGGCAGGGAGAGCGGGUGGAAGGGAGGAUGUUCACAGCAAAGCUGGAACUUCUGAAAGGGGAAGAGUUGGUUUCGCAGCAGCAGUGUUGGAUUGCAGGGAGUGAUGUGGCAACAGGAUGCCCUUUUGGAAAUCCCUCCAAAGAAGCAGCAGCGGCAGCAGCAUUGGCGGCAGCAGCGGUGGCAGGAGAAAAGGCAGAAUCAGGGUUUGGGUUUGAGAUGGCACGUGCUGAAGCUGCAGCUAUGCCGCCUCAGUCUCUCUUAGAUCAAUAUCUGGAGCGACAGCAGCACGAGCAGACGUUUGAGCCGACUCAGAAGCAGCAGCAGCACGAGCGAACUUUCGAGUCGACUCAGAAGCAACAGCAGGACGAGCAGCAGGAAUGGAGUGCACUGUGCUUCCCCAUGCUCUCUUCUUCAUCAGCCUUUGCAUCUCCUACCUUCUCUCCCUGCCUCCUCUCCUCCACCACCCUCCCGUCUACCGCUCUCCCGCCUCCCGCUCUCCCCUCCGCUGCUCUCUCGUCAAGCGUUAUGUCUGACUCUGUCACGCACAUUCUCAGCCAGGAGCACCCCUGCAGCUCCCUCUGCAAUCCACAGCAGCAGCACCCUUGCAGGUCCGGCAGGAGGUUCGGCAGGAGGUUCGGCAGGGAUUUACGGAGGCCGGGCAGGGAUUCGCGGCACAGCAGCAGCGACUGUGCGAGUGCAGCGAGCGCAGGACCUGGGGGUUACAGAUGCUCCCUUGAGCUUGCUGCUGCUCGGCCGACGAAAGCAGCAGUUUCAGCAGCAGCAGCAAAAGUACGAGCAAGGCCAGCAACAGCAGCUGUUGCAGAACCAGCAGCAGCAGCAGCAGCAGCAGCAAGAGCAGCAGCAGCAGCAGCAGCAGUGCCAUCAGCAGAAAGAGCAGCAGCAGAAGGCACAUCAACAGCUGCAUCAGCUGCAGCAGCAUCUGCAACAACAGCAGCAGCACCAGCAACAGCAGCAGCAUCUGCAGGAACAGCCGCAGCAACAGCAGCAGCAGCAGCAGCAGCAGGAACAGCAGCAGCAGCAGCAGCAGCAGCAGCAGCAGCAGCAGCAGCAGCAGCAGCAGCAGCAGCAGCAGCAGCAGCAGCAGCAGCAGCAGCAUUGGUGGGACGCAUUUGUCGAUGCCGCUCCUCUCACACAACUGAUGCCUCUGAACAUGCAGAGUGA